GGCCGCCCGCUGCACGGCUUUCUACCUCCCCAGGCUAAUCGCGGUCAAUCUGCCAGGCGGAGCAAGAAAUCGCAUUUUGUCAGUUUUCUUUUAACAAAACAGAAAUGUGUAAAAGUUUGUGUAAAAUCUUACGAUCAAGACCAAAUGGACAAGCUGGCUUUUUUGAAGAAAGGAAUACGACUGAAUUACCAGCAUCACUGCUAUAAGCAUUCAGAUGAGAACCCUGUCACUUGUAAUGGACCCCCUGUGGAAAUUCCUGGAGAAUAUACGGAUAAGUUGAAUGUGACUUACACUUAUUCUGUGAGAUUGAAGAAAACAAAACUGUCAAGUGGGCUUCUAGGUGGGAUUAGAUUUUGGAGUCUGUGUCUCAUACUAAUAUUCAGUGGUUUAGGUCUGUCCUGCCUUGGUUUUCCUUCUCCUGCCAAUGGAGGAGCUUUAAUGACCUGUGCCACUGUGUUAUGGGUCCUUCUGGGAACCCCUGCUAGAUAUGUGUCUGCUAUAAUGUAUAAGACAUUUAGAGGUGUUAAGUGGAAGACAAAUGCCUUGCUGACAGCACUAUUACGUCCGGGGUUCCAGAGUCCUGGAGAGUCUCCUAAAGGGCCUAGUAUUUGGAGACAGGGACUGCCUUCUUUGGGGUGAUGACGACCCUCCUCUUCGAAUGGGUGGAAGACUUGAAGAGGUCUGAGGAGCUCGAGGCUGUGGUGAGGGCGAAUGUCAUUUGUUUGAUUGUGGUGAUCGGGCCUGGUGGGUAGAGCGGCUUGGGGAAGACCCUUUCCUGUGCUUCGAUGAUAAUGAAGGUGAACAUCUCUUGGUGACUGAGGAGCUUCUUUGUUUGGGAGGUGGAGAAUGGGAGACCCAAUGCUUUGGUGGUGAAGAUGGUGAUGCUCUUUGUUCAGGAAGGGGAGGAGGAGAAGCCAUUCUUCUCUUUGGAGUUGGAGAAGGAGAGUAUCUCCUCUCUGUUGGAGGAGAGUAUCUUCUAGGAGAAGGCUGAGCACCGAUGUGGGGGAGGAGAAGGAGUUCUUUUUCGUGGUGGUG